UUACUACCCACUGCAAAAAGGGGCGGAGCUGUUUUCAACUUCCAUGCGUCACGCGUCACGCACAGGACCAUAAAAACCGCGUAAAGGGGGUUGGGGGUCUAUUUUGUAUCGAUUUUACGUCUACAAGCCCAAAGCUGAAUGCGGCUAUGAGCAUUUAAAAUUGGCGAAAAACCUUUUUUUGGGAAAGAUUUUCUUGGAUAGGGAGUCGCUUGAGGAGUCAAGAGAUGCAGCUGCGAGGCAAAGCAGGAAAAACACCCAUUCAAAAGCCGCUGUGCAGACUGUGCGAGUGUCCGACGUCGGACGGCUACGUCCUCGCGUCGCAGGUGGACAGGUUCAAGCUGAGGAAAUGGGCCAUGAAGGUCAUGAACCUGACGGAAGACGACGAAAACUUGCCGGAAGUGGUCGAAGAAGACGCUUUGAUCUGCUAUUUUUGCAUCUGGCAGGCAGAGUUUGGGGAUGAGUCCGGAGACGAGGCUGUCGCUUGGUGGCCGAAAAAUCUUGAUUUGGAAGAAAACGCUAAGGUUCUUCGGGAGAAUUAUUCAGUUGGAGAAGUAGAACAGUGUUGGGUACAGUUAGUGGAGAUUGAUCUGCCCAAAUACACAAAGAAAAUAUCCACAAAAUGGACACACGUCAGCGGAGUGUGUUUUUACUGCGGCAACAGUUACAACAAGCUGAGUCAGCACGUCAAACUGAUGCACAAAGAAGCCAUCAAAUGCGGAAUUCGGGGCUGCGUGACUUACUUUCACACCGAGGAGGAAAAAGAGCAGCACAUGCAGCAGGUUUUACACGAGAAACCCUACAGACCACGGGGAAGCAGCAAAAUUGGUUGCAAAUUUUGUGAAAACGACAAAUUAUAUUCCACAAUUAAAAUUUGGAGACAACAUAUGAAAUGCGUCCAUCCGGAACUGUCAGCGCGAUGCACGCGUUUAGGCUGCAACGAGUACUUUAAAUCCAAGCCCGAAAUGAUGCUCCACUUCAAUUCGCACAAACGAGCCAUAAAUGAAGAUCUUUUCGAGUGCAAGCAUUGCGAGUAUUUCGCCACGAGUGAGUACAGGUUGAGAGAACACGAAGAGGCGAGGCACAUGCCAAAGAUCUUCAAAUGCGACCUUUGCGACGCCAAAUUAGGCUCGAAGCGGGUCAUUGAAAAACACUAUAUCAGUGCACACACGCUUAGCAAGUGCAAAUCUUGUGGCCUUGACGUUUCUCUGGAAUGCAAGUCACGCCACUUCAAGCCAACGUUUUGCUCCAAAUGCAAAGUGAGUUUUGAGUGCUCAGGUUUGUACCAAUUGCAUAGGAAGAAAUGCAAACAAACCCUCUUUAGUUGCAAAGAGUGUGGAAAACUGUUUCCCUUGCCUAGCAGGUUGAACCAACAUGUGAGACAAGCUCACACCAAAUCUGAGAUUUUUCACUGCGAACAUUGCGACCAUUCUUUAUAUGGGAAGAACCUCAUGUCGUUGCACGUGCAACGCAAACAUUUUCCAAAGACGAUUAAGUGUGGAGAGUGCAACAAAUUUUUUGCCUCUGAAUGUAUUCUCAAGAUUCACAAAUACAGUUCGCACUCAUUCCUUCGCUGCGCUGAGUGUGCUCAGGAGGUCGGCCGUCAAAAGUUGUCUUCUCACCAGGCCGUCAAGACUUGCUUCCACUGCAAGUGCAAGUUCAAGUGCCGUGGACUUCUUGAAAAGCAUAUGAAAAGCUGCGACAUUAAGAAUUACUUUUGUGACCAGUGCCCGAAAAUUUAUUGGAAAAAGAAAAGUUUGUAUUAUCAUAUUUUAAGGAAGCAUGUUGAAAAAUAAAUUGUGCCAAACCGA